AAAAAAGCAAUAGUUUGUUGAAAGUUUUGUGAUGCUUCUAAAAUCCAUGGAUUCUGCUUUGUUUCCUCACCCCUUGUUUUCCCACAGCUUCACCAGCUCAAGUUGGCACAGCUCUUUGGCGGCUUCUCAGAGCACAGGAAUUUGCCUGCACAAGCUCAGGCUGUUGAAUCGUCCUUUUUGGGCUACUGGGGUGUCUGGAGUUGGAGCUGGAAACCUUUAUGAUGACAGCACUUUGAAGGGGAGUGAAAAUGGGUCUCUGUUGGGAGCCUUUGACGAGUCGGCUUCAGCACCAUUUGGGACAUUAGAUGCUGAAAUUACCCCAGAAAUCAUCGAUUUCUUUGUCAGCGAUGCUGAGGGUGACCCUGAUUGCCCAUCUGACGGGUACUCUUCGAUUGAGCAGGCGCUUAAUACACUACGCCAAGGAAAGUUUGUGAUUGUUGUAGAUGAUGAAAAUGGAGACAUUGAAGGAAACCUUGUCAUGGCAGCAUCUCGUACAAGUCCCAGGGAUGUGGCCUUUAUGGUUAAGCACGGAUCAGGAAUUGUUUCAAUUGGCAUGAUGGAGGAGGAUCUCCAAAGACUGAAGCUUCCUCUAAUGUCACCUGACAUGGAAGAUGAAGACUCUUCUGCCCCCACUUUCACAAUCACAGUGGAUGCAAAAACUGGCACUUCUAAUGGAGUAUCAGCUUCAGACAGGGCAAGGACUGUUCUUGCUCUCUCAUCUCCCGAGUCGAAGCCGGAAGACUUCCGACGGCCAGGCCAUGUGUUUCCUCUAAAGUACAGAAACGGUGGGGUUCUUAGGAGGGCUGGUCACACUGAGGCUUCUGUAGAUUUGGUUUCACUGGCUGGCUUGCGACCAAUUUCUAUUCUUUCAGUUAUUGUCGAUGCAGAAGAUGGUUCAAUAGCAUCUUUGCCUAGUUUAAGAAAGUUGGCACUGGAGCACAGCAUUCCAAUUGUGUCAAUAACUGAUUUGAUUAGGUACAGGAGAAAGAGGGAAAAACUGGUUGAAAGAACUGCUGUUUCACGUCUGCCCACCAAAUGGGGUCUAUUUCAAGCAUACUGCUAUAUCUCAAAGCUAGAUGGAACAGAACAUGUAGCUGUUGUAAAGGGAAACAUUGGGCAUGGGGAAGAUGUUCUAGUAAGAGUUCACUCAGAAUGUUUAACCGGGGAUAUAUUUGGGUCAGCCAGGUGUGAUUGUGGGAACCAGUUGGAUUUGGCGAUGCAGUUAAUAGAGAAAGCUGGAAGAGGAGUUGUUGUUUACCUUCGAGGUCAUGAAGGGAGAGGAAUAGGCCUUGGUCACAAACUUCGGGCCUAUAAUUUGCAGGAUCAAGGUCAUGACACAGUCCAGGCCAAUAUAGAGCUUGGGUUAGCUGUUGAUGCACGUGAGUAUGGGAUUGGUGCCCAGAUUCUAAGAGACAUAGGAGUUCGAACAAUGCGGCUAAUGACCAACAAUCCGGCCAAGUUCACUGGUCUGAAAGGAUACGGCUUGGCCGUCGUGGGCCGGGUUCCGGUGUUGACACCAAUUACGGAGGAAAACAAAAAGUACUUGGAAGCAAAACGUACCAAGAUGGGCCAUGUUUAUGGGUCGGAUAUACAAGGCCCAUUAGCCGGAUUCUUCAUCAAUCCAAAUGUAAAUAACCAAGACCAACAACAACAACCAUAGCCCCAUUCCAAACAAAGCACCAAGCUCUUACUGUAUACACAAUGAAGAAUUACAGAUUUUUUUUUUUUUUUUUCAU